GUGAUCCGUUUGUCACAAAGUUGUGAAACCGAGAGAUUUUCAGCUGACGUUUAUCUGCAACAAAAAAAGGCAUGUUCAACUUUGGACCGGCUGGAAAACCGAAAGCUUUGGAAUCCUCCUCAUUCCAAUGAUUACUCGGGACGGAAUCUGGUCUGGUCUCAGCCCGCAGGAUUUACCCCGGAGGAUUUGUUAGGUGAAGUUGGGGAGACAAGGCCCUUUGCCCAGCAUGAAAUAACUACAUUUUUUUUCUCUCGUUUCAAACUGCAUCUGGAUUAUAUGACCAUGACGCCGGAUCUGUUGAACUUCAAGAAGGGAUGGAUGUCCAAGAUGGACGACCUGGGAGAGUGGAAGAAGCACUGGUUUGUUCUAACCGACGCCGGUCUCAAAUAUUACAGAGACUCUGGAGCAGAAGAGAAAGACGAGCCGGAUGGAGAGAUUGACCUCGUCUCCUGCUUAAAGGUCUCAGAGUUCGACGUGGAGAAGAAUUACGGCUUUCAGAUUCAGACCCGCGAAGGAAUGGUGACGCUGUCAGCCAUGACGGCCGGAAUCCGAAGGAACUGGAUUGAAGUUCUGAGGAAGAGCGUCCAACCAAGCAGGUCACCUGACCUCACACAGCUUCCUGACAGCAGCAGUGAUAAGGAGAACUCCCAUGGUGCACCUCUGCUGUCCACGCGGCGCACCUCAACACGUCCCAACACCUCCUCCCCCCCCCAGCGGCGCUCCAAUCAUGUGGAGCUGUCCCCCCUCCCGGUCCCCGCCCCCUCGCUGCCAGCCAGUCAGAGAGAGGCAGGGGAGGGCCAAGGCAGGGAGCACAGCCACUGGCAGGAGGGGAGGAACCUAGACAGCACCAGCAGCCAAUGGGAGGCCUUGCUGUCCAGGAAGGGGCCGGCAGGCUCGGACAGCUGGCAGCGAAUGGAGGAGGAGAUAGAGAACAAGUGGGAGGAGUUUGAACGCUUGCCUUUAAAGGAGAUGAAGGCCCUGCCAAUCAGCUCUCAGUCCAGCGGCCAGCCGGCCAAUGAGGCGCUGCACAGGGAGGUGGCGUCACUGAGGCAGCAACUGGAGACCCUGAGAGGAGGAGGGGGAGGGGGGGGAGGCGGGGGAGGCGGGAGAGGCGAAGGGGUGGGAGGAUGCGCGGGCAAGGUGUGCGGUCCGGACGCGGCGUGCCGGAGCAGUCUGACGGCGCUGGAGCGGGCUCACCGCCACGCACUGCAGGAGGUGCAGCGGCAGCACGAGCGCCAGUGCAGGGAGGCGCAGGAGGAGCAGGAGAGGCUGCUCCUUGAGGAGACCCGGGCCACCGCCCACGCGAUGGAGGCGCUGAAGAAGGCUCACAAGGAGCAGCUGGAGAGGGAGGUGGAACGGGCCACCCGGCUGUGUGGGGGGACGGGGGACUCCGUCGGCCUGCGGAACCAGCUGCAGGCGGACACCCAGUCGCUGCAGCGGGAGCUAUCGGGUCUGUCGGAGCGCUACUCCCACAAGUGUCUUGAGCUCAACCGGGCCCAACAGGACGCCGCCGCCCGCGAGAGAGAGCUGAGCCGCCGGGAGAGAGACCUGGACCUGCUGCGGAAGGAGAAAGAGGACCUCAAGGCUCGCCUGGUGGAGGCGGUAGGCCGCUCGCGGUCCGUGGUCUCUGGUCACGGAUCAGGGGGAGUCGUUAACGAAAACAAAUCCACGAAUUCCUGUGAACUGGAGGUCCUCGUCCAGGUCAAGGAGAAGGAGGUGGAGUACCUCCACCAGGAGAUCGGCUGUCUGCGCAACGAGCUGCAGGCCCUCAACACGGAGAAGCGGUUGGCCUCGGAGCGCCGCAGGGAGCUGGAGGCGGAGCUGAGCAGCAUGCGGGGGCGGAGCCUGCGGGAGGUCCAGUCCCUCAAGGAGCACCUGAGGCUGGCCCUAGCAGCCCUGCAGGAGGGUCAGGUGCUGGGCAACAGCCUGGAGCACUGAGGGGGGCCCUCCAGCUGCCUGGGCCCGCAGACAACCAUGGGGCCCCAGAAAGUCACAGGGGCCCCUGACAGCCAGGUAUCCAGAAAGCCAGGGUGGCUAUUUGGACCCCUGGCUGUCUGGGGCACCUGAGAACCAAAGAGUCAGGAGCCACAGACAUCCAGACGGGCCACAGAGAGUCAGACACUAGUGCCUUCUCAUUCAGCCUGGGAGAGAUGUCCACGACCCUUGACCCCUGAGCCUGGGCUGUCUUCCAUGUAUGAAUUUGCACUUUUUUUAAUUUUCUUUUUGUUUAUUAUUUUUACUUUUGUGGGUGAAAAGUAAGUCGAAAACUGGAAUAUUUCCUUUGAGGAGAGAAUUAUUUGUAUCCUGUCUAAAUGAUUAGAACGAACUUCCUUAUUAUUUUUAUUUUAUAUAAUUGGUUUUACAACCUCUCUUUCGGCAUUGUGUGGUUUAAAUAUUCCAACCGGUUCGUGUGUCAACAGGAAUGACUACCGCAUGUAAUGUAUGACCAGUGACCACUGCUGUCAGCUCAGCUGGUAUCUUCAGUACAGUCAGGGUACCCUUUUCCCAGCUGGGAAAUAGAAAUGGGACAUGCAUCUGACCCGUAACAAGGAAUGCUUCUAAACUGGUCGCAGUGGUGACACUGGGAGACAACAGGAAAUGGGAUGAGUUCGGAAGUCGAGGAGAUCUGGGACUAAAGUAGUCGUCAACAGAGCAUUAGUGAGUGCUCAAUGAGCCAAUGAAGAUCGUGUCAUUUGUGAUCCGAUGAGAUACCUAGCUACCUGUAUUGUGACCAUAUUUUGAUAUUUAAUAUACUGUAGAGCAGUGACUAAUUGUAAAUCAUCUGCAUUUUUGUAAUCAAUAAAUUACUCGUUCUUAAAAUA